UCGGCAACACAAGCUGGGGAGGAGACCGCCACCUCACUCCCCCUCUUCCAUCCCGCCAUCGCCAACCGCCGGACGUCAUGACACUGAACCUCGGCUCCCCUUGCCUCUCCCACUUCUCCCAGUCGCACUCCCCGUCUCUCCACCUCCCCAGGCUUCUCGACGCCGUCCUCACCUCCCACUCCCCCUCUUCUUCCCUCUCUCUCAGAAGCUACCUUGCCCUCUCCGCCGCCUCGAGCUCAUUUCCCCACCGCGCCUCCCUCAGCGAGAGCAAGAACGGCGUCGCUGACGACCCCGCUCCCACCCCUGGGCCUGGGGUGCUCACCGAUAAGUUGCUGAGCGAAGUGGCGGGCGCUAAGGACUCCGACGAGGUGCUCAGGAUCAUCGAGGAGCAGUCAGGGAGGAGCAGCGGGGUCGUCAGCGUUCCCGACUGCUGUUCUAUCAUAGCCGCCUCUCUUGAUCGUAACAAUGCGGAGUUGGCCCUGUCUGUCUUCUAUGCUAUGCGUGCUAGUUUCGUUCAAGGUGUAGGUGAAGAUGGUCCCUUUGUCGAGAGGUGGAGAUGGCCUAGACCCGAUGUGCAGGUCUACACACUGUUGAUUCAUGGCCUCGCAGCCUCAUUGCGGGUUUCGGAUGCUCUCAGGAUAAUUGAUGGUAUAUGCAAAGUGGGAGUAUCUCCUGGCGAGGAGGUUCCUUUUGGGAAGGUUGUCAGGUGUCCAGCUUGUAUGAUAGCUGUUGCUGUUGCACAACCUCAAGAUGGUGUUCAAAUUGCUUCCUGCGCCAAGUGCCGUUAUAAAUAUGAGCUUGUUUCUGGUGACAUUACCAAUAUCGAGUCAGAAGAAGUCAGCAUGGAUGUCCCAGCAUGGAAAAGAGGGUUGAGAUUUCUUGGAUUAGCAAAGCAAAGCAUACCUGCUGCUGUUCACUCCAUAGUGGUCCAGAUGCCUUCUGGUGUGGCACGGACCCAUAGGUUCGCAACUGAAACAGUCGACCUCCCUGCCCAAGCUGGGGAGAGGGUCACAAUUGCUUCAGCAGCUCCUUCAAACGUUUAUCGUGAGGUGGGACCCUUAAAGUUCAGGCCAAAGGCCCCCAAUUUCUAUCCUGGAGAGCCCAUGUGCCUCACGAAUCACAAGGACGGUCGUGAAUCGCUGCUAUUAAGAGCUCCUCCAAAAGAUGGAACUUCAUCCUUCCUCAGUCCCUCUGUUGUAUUUCCACUCCUUGCUGUACUUGCUACUGGAGAUGCUGCAACUGGAGCAAUUGAUCCAAGCUUGCCCCAGCUCCUCUCAGCUGGUGUAGUUGCUUCUCUUGCUGCUGGGGCUACUUUAAAUGCUUUGGUUCUUCCUGAGUUGAACAAAAUUCCGCAAAGGUCAGUGGAUGCAAUUGCCAUCAAGCAGCAGCUUUUAUCACAAUAUUCUCUGCUUCAAUCUCGCAUCAAGGACCUGAGAGAAGCCGCUGAAAAAGAGGUUUGGAUGUUAGCUCGUAUGUGCCAGUUGGAGAACAAGAUUUAUGCCGUAGGAGAACCAUCUUAUCGUGCUAGGAAAAGUAGAGUCAAACGGGUUCGAGAAGGCCUGGAAAACUCACUUAGAGGACGUAUUGAACUGAUUGACAGCUACGCCAGAAUAUCUUCCAUGAUAGAAAUCGAAGUGGAAAUGGACUCGGAUGUUUUGGCAGCCGAAGCAGCUAGCAAUGUGGAAAGGGCCGCUGAACAAAUCCAACAGAUCAUGGAGAUUGAAAACCUUGAAGAGAGAUGGAGACUGCAAGUGGAAGCCAACGAUGAGGCAGAGAGACUCUUGUCCGAAGAACAGGAUUAGCCAAGCAGACAGUACAUUUGUUUUUCGAGGGGACCAUUCAAUUAACAGCUCCAAUCAAUCCUGCACGGGUUUGCAUAAUCACAAGAAGGUAUCGAUUGGAAAAGAGCAUGUCAGAGUCGGUCGGCAUCUAUGGGGUCAUCUCGCAUCAAGGGUGUGUUAUUGCUGUACAGAUCAGCCAAAGGGGAAAGGAUUCCUGCGGAAACUGACUCGAUCUCUCAUCUGUAAGUUGUAACUUGUGGCGAAAAGGUAAUAGCAAUGCAUUUGAAAGUUCCACCUGCAUAUAUCUUCCCUAUAAGGUAGAAGUUGCUUGUUGCUCAAGUAACGGCACCUCAGCUGAUCAUUAUCCAUUGAGAUAAAUUCGUUCGAGAUGAUCUCAGCCUUUCCCGGAGACGGUCUCUCACACGACAUUUAUUACCUCUAGUAAAGAAAGAUGAUGACUAUUGAACAA